UCCCAUUUGCCAUUUUGCUCCGCCAAGAUCUUCCCCUAUAAAUCGUCCUCUCUUUCUCUUUUCUUUUCAAUGCAAAGUCUUUUCUGAGCUCAACUCACAGUUUAAAAUUUUGUAAAAUUCCCUUUUUUACUUGUUUCUGUUUCUUCUUUUCUCUUUUUUAACUCUCGAUCUCUCACAUGGGUAAGAGUGUUUUGGUCACCGGUGGCGCCGGUUACAUUGGGAGUCAUACGGUGCUUCAGUUGCUCUUGGGCGGUUAUGAGACCGUUGUUGUAGAUAAUUUGGAUAACGCUUCUGAAAUCGCCGUCUCUAGAGUGAAGCAACUGGCCGGUGAUUUUGGGAGAAAUCUUAAUUUUCAUCAGUUUGAUCUCCGGGACAAGCCAGCACUGGAGAAAUUAUUUUCCGAAACAAAGUUUGAUGCUGUCAUCCACUUUGCUGGACUAAAAGCUGUAGGGGAAAGUGUGGCGAAACCAUUGCUCUAUUAUGAUAACAAUCUUACAGGAACAAUUGUUCUUCUGGAAGUUAUGGGUGCCCAUGGGUGCAAAAAUCUGGUUUUUUCAUCAUCAGCUACCGUAUAUGGUUGGCCAAAGAAGGUCCCAUGUACUGAAGAUUUCCCCCUGCAGGCAGUGAAUCCUUAUGGGCGUACAAAGCUUUUCAUUGAAGAGAUAUGCCGUGAUAUUCAUCGUGCAGACCCUGAAUGGAAGAUUGUAUUGCUAAGAUAUUUCAACCCUGUUGGUGCACAUCCAAGUGGUGAAAUUGGUGAGGAUCCACGAGGAAUUCCGAACAAUCUUAUGCCUUUUGUGCAGCAAGUUGCUGUUGGUAGGCGUCCUGCCCUCACAGUUUAUGGAACUGAUUAUUCGACUAAGGAUGGUACUGGGGUUCGUGAUUACAUUCAUGUUAUUGAUUUAGCUGAUGGCCACAUUGCUGCAUUGCGGAAGCUUGAUGAUCCUAAAAUAGGUUGCGAUUUUUUCAACUUGGGAACUGGAAAAGGAACCUCGGUUUUCGAGAUGGUUGCAGCAUUUGAAAAAGCCUCUGGAAAGAAAAUUCCCAUUGUAACGGCUGGAAGGCGUCCGGGUGAUGCGGAAAUUGUUUAUGCAUCGACAGAGAAAGCAGAACGAGAGUUGAAUUGGAAGGCAAAAUAUGGCAUUGAUGAGAUGUGUCGUGAUCAGUGGAACUGGGCAAGCAAGAACCCUUAUGGCUAUGUAGCUCCUGAUUCUACUAACUGAUGGUUGAGAUUCUUCAUCGCAGUUGAACUCCAGUAGCCUAGUUGUCAUUUGUGUAAACAUAGCAUAUACAUUAGAAGGUGUUUGAUCCAAAAAUUAUUGUGGUGUCUGUUAACCUAGUGCUAUAAUGCGUCCGAGCAAUCUGAUGCUGGGUUGCUUUCUUCUGGUAUAAAAAUCCCAGUAGAUAGACUUUGCAGUAAAUUGUUAUCCAUCAAUAUAUUUCAGGUGCACAUCAGUGUAACCCAUUUAGGUGAAAA